GGAGUUUCCACAAUGGAGAAGAGGGAAGGAGAUAAUCACAGCAUUGAUCAGAAUGCAGGUCAGAGCAUCAUGCCGAGAAGAAAUACAGGAAACCUUAGCAACUUGAAUGUGGAUAUGCAAAUCACCAAUCCACCAGAAGCAGCUGCGCUUUUUAAUUUACAUCAAGCACACCAUUUUGGUGAGUUUGAACACUCUUCAGAACAAGACUGCAAGCAGGAUCUGUUCCCCAAGUGGCACUUGCCAAUGAAGAUAGCAUCUGUGAUCUCAUUAUUGACGUUUAUUUACACUUCUAUGAGAGAUGUCAUAUAUCCUUUUAUAACCAGAAAGGAAAAUGUUUUCUAUAAAAUUCCAAUCCUUGUCAUAAACAAAGUUUUACCAGUGGUUUCAAUUACCCUUUUAGCACUAGUAUAUUUACCAGGAAUAUUAGCUGCUGGUUUCCAGCUGUACUUUGGCACCAAGUAUAAAAGGUUUCCUCAGUGGCUGGAUAGAUGGUUGCUAUCAAGAAAGCAGUUUGGACUUCUCAGUUUCUUCUUCGCUGCAAUGCACGCCUGCUAUAGCUUAUGCUAUCCAAUGAGAAGAUCAUACAGAUACAAGCUACUGAACUGGGCAUUCCAGCAGGUCAAACAAAAAAAAGAAAAUGCCUGGAUCGAGCAUGAUGUUUGGAGAAUGGAGAUUUAUGUGUCUCUAGGAAUUCUGGGACUUGCUUUGCUGGCCUUGUUGGCAAUAACAUCCAUCCCAUCUGUCAGUCACUCUUUGACCUGGAGAGAGUUCCACUACAUUCAGAGCAAGAUGGGAUAUUUGGCUCUGCUGCUGUGCACUGUUCAUGCACUGGUGUUUGCUUGGAAUAAGUGGGUUGAUGUUAACCAGUUUAUCUGGUAUACACCACCUUCAUUUAUGCUAGCAGUUUUUCUUCCUAUUGUAGUUCUGCUUUGUAAAUGCAUACUGCUCCUCCCGUGUUUUAGGAAAAGGAUAAAAAAGAUCAGAUGUGGUUGGGACACUAACACACAAACCAAUCAAACCAGCAUGACUUCCAGACUGUAGAUCAAAUAUGGACAUUUCCUGUCUACGUAUGUAAAUAUGCCCAAGGCUACAAAAUGUUUACUUGCAAGCUUUGUUUUCAUAUUUUCUAUAGAUGUUUCUUUUUUACUUUUCGUUUUGACUUCACGAGUAUGGGAUACUUGAUACAGUUUGGACCUUUUCUAAGACAGAAGGUGGAAACAUUCAUUUUACACUUUUAAUUUAUUCAGUGUUCUGGUAUUUGAUCAUUUCUUUCUUCUGACUCACUGCUUUUAAAAUCCAAGGGCUUCAUUGCCUCAACUGUAAUUAUUUCGUAGGCAAAAGCAAUCAUAAAUCAUUGUUCCAGUUGACCUCAGAAAGUAAAUAAAUUAUUACACUGCAGAACCCAGGAAUGCUUUCUGCUUCCUACAGCCAUGUUUGUUCCUUCGUUACAUCUCAGUAUUAUAAUGGGACAACAACUACAGUGUCAUCCCAUUCCCCCUUAUUGCCUGCAUUCAGUUGUUUCACUCUGCAGAACGGAGACCUUGGCACAUGAGCAAGACAGAAGCUGUGUAUUCCCCCCACGUCUUAGUGGGACAAUUGGGCAAGCAGAAUUGCAGGGAAAUUUACAAGAUAAAUCUCUCCUGAGGCUUGGGCAUAGUCUAAAAAAAGAGGUUUUAGACUCAGAUCUCCAUCUUAUGCAGGACUAGGUGUGUCUCUGUUUACUUAAAACGAUAAAACAUUUCCCAUUUUUUAUUCCAUGAACACAUUCUUUUGUUUCUGAUGCUGGAAAUUUUCCAUGCUUUUGACCUAAGCCUGCAGCCCUUGACGUGUGCUAAAUUUUAUUCACACAAAUUAUUCCAGUGGGAUAACUCGCGUCAGGUAAAUGUUUUACUGUUUACUCUGGGGCCAGAACAAUUGUGUGACUGAAAGGAAAACAUUAAAAAUAGACAUCUGAAUCUUGACAUUGAUUUGGUGAGAUUUUCAUGUAAUAUGGCUUCCCAAUGCAUUUGCUUUUACAAAAGUUUAUAUGAAAACUAAUUAAACGUCCCUUUCCUUACGUUGCAUAGGUCUGGCUGGGUAUUUUAAGUGAAUAAUUCAUUUGUUAGUGUCUAUUUUCAAAUACGUUAUGCAGUAGUUAAUAUUUUCACCCAGCAUCAGGAACAUUUCUGCCAGGCUCCCUGUAAGAGUUGACUAGGACAUGGACUGAUGAUGCCACCUAUUGCUGGGAUCAUCUGAAUGAGAACUGUAUUUGGUAAUGGCUCUGGUAUUAAAACAAACAGGAAAACAAUGUAUGCGUAAAAGAAUAUGUAAUAUAUGGUGCUAAUGAUUCUGAUGUACAUUUGUGGACUUGGUACACUGAGCAUAAACACCUGACAAAUUAAAUAGCUACAGGGAUACUAUAUUUUGUAUUAUCCUGGUUAAAACUCCAUUCAGUUACUGCAACUUAAAAGUUGGCCUUGUUAUUUGCACUUAAUGUAGUACUGUGAAAAUAACUGGGGACAUGGUGGCCUGUAUAAUAUAGACUGAAAUGUGUGGCAUUGUGUAUCAAAUCAGUAAUUCAUGACAGGGGCAAACUCUUGAACACAGGAAGAUAGUUUGCAAUGUGAAUCUAAGAAAUUUCUAACAACAGAACAGGAAAAGUAUGGUUAUCAAAGCAUUAGUAUUUACAUUUCUAUAAAUGAAAUAUAUAAAAUCUUUUAGUAGGGAUGAAUAAUAAUAUUUGCCAAAUACUUAAGCAGAAUAUUACCAGCACUUUGUUGUCAGGAGUCAUAAAAUAAAUAAUAAAAUCAUUUUCCUAAUGCAACAGGUUGAAGCAAGUGCAAUAAUAAAGAAAUCCCCUUGUCUUCUGUAUUGUCCACCAGCUACUCGUAAACUGUGCUCAAACUUAGUACUUAGAACAAAGCUGAGACUGUAAGUACUCCAGGCAACCUAUACAUGCAUCCAUUAAAAAGACUGACAUUUUGUUUUAUCAAAAUAUGUGCUAAAUUUUCUUAAACUGUGCUCUCCAGAAUCAGCCCUGCUACUCCCUUACUUAGAAAGUCUGGAGAAUUUAAUUCAGUAUCUCCAGCUUUGUUAAAUUCUGGUCAAAUAGUUGGCCUAAUCGUUUACAGCUGGUCAGAGAAGCCAACCCUUUGACACAGAGAAAUAUAAACAGCUUCAGGGGUAACAAAACAUGUGGCACAGAGAGCAGAACCUGACCCUUAAUAACCGAAAACUGAAAAGAGGGGUAUGAAGAUGCUCCUUGGAAGAAGUCACUCAGAGUUAUUCAUAUGGCAUGCAUAAAACAAAAUCAAGGCAAAUUAAUAUGUUUAUGCAUUUUGAGAGCAAAAUAGUUCAGGGGAAUGAUAAUGGACUUCGAGGUUUUUCACCUUGUUACCAACUGAAAUCUUUUGCGCAAGGGUUCUGUUGUAGAUCAGUUAGAUCGGAGAGCACUGAGGAGUAUGGUCAAUACGAUUAUGAAGUUAAUAGAAGCUGGAAGUUAAGGUUCUGUGCCUUUGGGGUCUGCAUCUUAUUGCACAGCAGUAGAAUUAGGCCACUAAGUCACUUUUGAAAAUGGAACUUUAAUUCCAAAGCUGGUUUGGCCCUUCUGAAAUUUUUGUCCAAGUUCCUAGAACAUUCUCUUUCUGAAUCUAUAAAAUACUGUCUAAUCUGGAGACUAAUCUAGAGACUAACAGGCAGGUCCUUAUUGCAGAAAUCACUAUAGGUACCACUGCUAGAAAACUGACAAAGAACCCCAUGGACAUGUAAAUAUAUUCUCUGUAUUCAACACUUUGUAAAAAGUUUUUGAGCUGUCUGUUCUAACACAUCUUUAUCCAAGCAGUGGGAAGGAACUGUUGUCUGUACCAUUGUGUUUAGUGCAUAAAAUCAGAACAAGGCAUAUCACAAGCACAGAACUCCUUUCAGGAAGUACUAAUGAAAAUGUAUGUACAUGUACAUCUUUAUCUUCUAUUCGUGGUGCAGCAGUCAUAAAUUUAGAUUCAUUUCACUUCAAGUGGCUGAGAAAUCGUGUCCUAAAGAAGCAUUCUAUUGUAAUAUGCUGCUCUAUGCACUUGUUACAUAAGAUAGUGCAAACUAGCAUAACUUCAUUAAUUUCAAUCUGUUAAUAUGGGUUGAAAUCCUAACAUAAAUUACAAGUGAAAACCAAUUUCAAGAUCAUGACAUACUAUCCAAACUGACCUUUUAUGCUCAUCGUUCAGCUGGGGACAUUAACCACACUUCAGCUUUUUCUCACUAGCAUUGCCCAGGGGCAAACCCAGAAGUGUCUUCUACCAGCUGAAAUUUGGAUACUGUCUAUGAAAGGGCUACAGAAGCAAAUGCUAUUGACAUUACUUUAUUUCUCCCUUUGUAAUAGACAUGAUUUAGUUCACUAAUUAAAAUAACUGCAUAUGUACCUUUUAGUUUAUGUUUACAUACCUAUUUCAAAAUUCAGUGUAUUAAUAUGCCUAUAUACUACUGUAAUACAUAAAGUCAAUGUGUGUGCAACUGUUAGGCACUUACUUGUAUAACACUGAUUACUUUUAUAAAACUGAAUCAUUAAAUGCUUCAGUGUA